GCUUAAACACCGUUCCUUCCCACUCUCCCAGGAGGAGGGAGGCUGAACACUGCUGUCCCGCCUUCUCUCGCGCGUCGUUGGCUGUUGUCGAGUGAAUGACCCCGCCGGUGACCAAUCAGCCGACAUCCUCCUGGUCCCAAACUGUCCAUUUCCCUUUGCUCGCCUUCGUGGGCCGCCGGAAAGGGGAGGGGUGAGUACCAAUUGCUUAAAAUUAUUCCGACUGAGGAAGGCAAGAUUUAGCUCACUUGCAUUCUGAUGCUGUCAGGUUAAAGCACUUAGUCAUAGAAACAGAUACUAAAAUGCCUGUUUUCAAACAUCCGGAGUACCCUGAAGAGACCUUGCUUCGCUUGGAAAGCCUGGUGCCCUGUCGAGAAUCUCAAGUGUCCACUUUGCUGUCACUCUUUGGAGAGCGUCAGCAUUACAGUUUCCCAGCUCUUUUCAUCUAUGGACACACAUCUAGUGGAAAGACUUACGUGGUGAAGACUCUUUUGCAAACUUUGGAGCUACCUCAUGUGUUCAUCAAUUGUACACAAUGUUUUACAUCAAGAUUGCUGCUAGAAGAAAUUUUGAGGCAAUUACAGCAUCUUUCUACCAAGGAAGAACAUCCUUCUCUUAUAUCCUGUGAUUCAUUCAAUGAUUUUGUAUGCAUAUGUAAACAGACAAUGAUGGUGCCGGAUCUUCAGAAUCAGACUGUUUAUAUUAUUUUGGAUAAUGCAGAGCAUCUGAGAGAAAUGGAAACAAACAUCCUUCCAGGCUUUCUUAGACUACAAGAACUGACAGGGAGAAAUGUGACUGUGAUUCUUCUUACUGAAAUUGUGUGGGAGCUGCUUCGUCCAAGUGCAGGAUGCUUUGAACCAUUGCCGUUGUAUUUUCCGGACUACAGCAUAGGACAUCUGCAAAAGAUCUUGUCCCUUGACCAUCCUCCAGAAUAUUCUUUUGAUUUUUAUGCUGCUUUUAUAAAUAUAUUACUCGGCGUCUUCUAUCCUGUCUGCAGGGACCUGAAAGAGCUCCGCCAUCUGGCUGCACUCAAUUUUUCUAAAUAUUGUGAGCCUGUUGUCCAAGGAGAGGCUAAUGAACGUGAUACACGUCAACUUUGGAAAAACAUUGAAUCACAUUUGAAGAAGGCUAUGCAGACUGUCUAUCUACGAGAAAUAUCAAGCUCCCAGUGGGAACGAUUACAGCAGGAUAAUGGAGAACCUGGGCAGCUUAAAGGACUUUCUGCUCAUGCUCAUGUAGAACUUCCAUAUUAUUCCAAGUUCCUUCUAAUAGCUGCAUACCUUGCUUCCUAUAACCCUGCCAGGACAGAUAAGAGAUUCUUUGUUAAGCAUCAUGGAAAAAUUAGAAAGAUGAACUUCCAGAAGAAACAUGAAAAGACCAGCAAUCACCUUCUUGGACCAAAGCCAUUCCCUCUAGACAGAUUGUUGGCAAUAUUAUACAGCAUUGUUGACAGCAGAGUUGCUCCAACUGCAAAUAUAUUUUCUCAGAUUACCUCCCUUGUGACUCUACAGCUCUUAACCUUGGUAGGCCAUGAUGACCAGCUUAAUGGACCGAGAUACAAAUGCAAUGUGUCUUUAGAUUUCAUCAGAGCAAUUUCAAGGACUGUGAACUUUGACAUAAUAAAGUACUUAUAUGACUUUUUGUGAAGACUGCAUGGACGUUGUGACGGCAGCUGAGCCAGACGUGCUACACUUGUCCGCUUUAGCCAUCGAGGAGGAGGAGGAGUCCUUGGGAUCUAUUGGAUUUGUCCAAAAACAGGUGCUGGGUCAGCAUGAGAUCAGAUGAAAACACUCUAGUUGGUCUGGAUGGAUUUGAGCAGAGUACUCUUUACUUGAGACCCUGGAGUAUUUGGAAAGAACGUGUUAAUUAUAAACAGCAGGGACUGAGCACAAUCUGGUCUGCUCUUAAUGAUGUUAUCUUAACACUGAAAUUGCCUAAAACCCAUUUUACUUAGGACUGCAUUUUGUGCUGCAUUGAAGUAUCCCUUGUGCUUUGAAUAUGGCAGUAGCCUUGUUGUUUUGCCCAAUUCUUCCCCUUUCUCUCCAUGGGAGCCUUUUACGUUUGUCUGCCAAAGCAGCUUGGUCCUGAGGCCACCGUUUAAAAGAGAUUAGAAUAGCAAAUGCAAUAAACAUAAAAACAAACUGGUGGGUGCUGUUCUUUUAUUCUUAGAUACUAUCCAUUUGUUGGUAGCCUAACUGCCACAGCUGAUUUGUAAAUAUAGCUGUUAAAAGCUGUUUUUGAAAAUGUUUUCACUAACCAUUCAUAUCUUGCAGCUGCUUAUCAUUAUACUUUAUGAUGAAACAGAGGACAAAUAAUUUGACUAAUCACUUAUCUAACCCUCCAUCAGCAUAAAGUCUUCGAACAAUAUGAAUUCCUACCCUGGAGAGAGAACCUGUGUACUCUGGGCAGCUUACAGUCUUUCCAUUUGGUUUUUCUUAUAUUCUAUCUAGAUGCAUCAUGAGAAGUGUGAGACAAAGACACCUCCUUCUGGUCUGGGUGCAGUCCAGUGCAACUGUCCAGUUGUGCAACUAGUUGCGCAAGCACUAGUAUGCCUAAUGCCAUAAGAAUGGUGCUAAUAUUGUGUUGGAUUUAGGUCAAUACAUUUAACAUUAGACAUGGGCAUUGCUUGCCCAAAAGCAAUCUUGUUUAAUAA